AUGGCUCCUCUCAUGCGUGAAGAACAACAACAAGAAUCACAACAACCGCAAGAGCAGCUAGCCAGCGAUCGCUUCUCCAAUUGUAGUAAUGAUUCCGAUAGCUCUCCCUCUUCGUCUCAUCGAAGAGUGCGCAUUCGCUUCAAUCAUACGCCACAAGUGGAAACCAUUGAAAGCAAGGACGACUUUACUCCUUCCGAAUUGAGUGCCUCUUGGUACUCUGGUGAAGAGAAGCGUGCCAUGUACGAAGACUACGAGAAGAUUGUCAUGCGCAUGGAAGCUGGCAGAAGACCCAAGAAGAACACCACUUACCGCGGACUCGAGAACUUUUCCGAGACCAACUCGGCCCAAUUGGAUGAGAUUGUUCAUGCUUGCAUUGAUGCAGUCAUGGAUGACCAAGAUCGUCAAUGGGCUGAGAAUGGUAACGAGGCUGACUGGGAUUCCUUCCGCGAAGUGUCGCUUCAGGUUUCUCUUCAGUCUGCGUCUCUUGCGUACAAGAUGGCCGAGUACGAUGAACGUGAAGCCCGCAAGGCUUACAUUGCCAUGGCCAAGGAAGAAUUUGAACGCCAACAAGGAAAGGAGGUCCAACAAGAUGAUGCCUCUGUCGGCACUGAAGUCACUGAGGUUACUACCUCUACCAUGGCUCAAGAUGUCAAGAGCAACCACCACAAGAUUGUUUCUCCACUAAAACUUGGAGGACGCAGCAAAAAGUCGUCCAAGGCAACCAACAAGAAUGGCAAGAACCGACCACCCAAGGCUCGCAGUUCCGGAAGUCGCAAGACUUUGGGAGACGCCCUUGAGAAUCUGAACAAGAAGAAGGCUGUCUACAAUGAUAAAUUGAGAGAUCGCGAAUUCCAACCCAAAGUCUUGAGAGUGAGAUAA